AAUGUAAUUUGCCAACUGCAUAAAAUAGCAGCGACAAAAAUUCAUGACCUGCACAGUUAAAGAUUCACCAAAAGCCGCGCCGGGUAGACUCAAUAUUUACACUUCCUUUUCUUAAAGAAAAAGUCCUCAAAAAAUACGCUAUAUACUGCAACAGCUCUCACACAGUCGCCCACAAUAUUUCCCUUAUUAACUGCAUGAACAAUUGGUGCAGCAUAACUCACCAUUAUUUCUACUCACCAAAUAUAGCGGCGCAGUUUCAAGCAACCAAACUGCCCAAUUUGUUCAAAUGUCCAAAUCUUCGGCGGCGGCCACCGUCGUGCGGCCACAAGACUACGCCGACAGCCCCGCCCACUACGCGGUGGCGACAGGGGAUCACGCCGCCCUCACCAAGCUCAUAUCCCCCUUGCCCAAACUAUCCGACCCCAUCCGCAUCCACACCGAGUCCGAAUCCCUAGCCGAGGAGCGCCUCGCCGAGCGAAUCUCCGCCGCCCUCGACCGUCGCGACAACCGCCUCAGGGAGACCCCGCUCCACCUCGCCGUCCGCCUCAACGACGGCGCGGCGGUCCGCGCGCUCGCCGCCGCCGGGGCCGACAUAUCCCUCCAGAACGCUGCCGGAUGGAACCCCCUCCAGGAGGCGCUCCUCCGCCGCUGCCCGGCGAUCGUCCCCGUCCUCGUCCAGCACCACCACCUCGCCGCCUGGUCGAAGUGGCGGCGCCGCCUCCCCCGCCUCGCCGCGGCGCUCCGCCGCAUGCGCGACUUCUACAUGGAGAUCUCCUUCCACUUCGAGAGCUCCGUCGUGCCGUUCGUCGGGAAGAUCGCACCCUCCGACACCUACAGGAUCUGGAAGCGCGGCGGGAACCUACGCGCCGAUACCUCCCUCGCCGGCUACGAUGGCCUCAAAAUCCAACGCGCCAACCAGAGCAUCCUCUUCCUCAACGAUGAAGGCAUUUGCAACGGCGACGUCGUUUCGCCCCAAUUAGGCUCCCUCCUCAUCCUCAACCACGACGAGAAGAAGAUCUCCAACGCGUUCGAGAACGCCGGAAAUCCACUCUCCGACGCUGAAAUCUCCGAUUUCUGCAAUCAAACCAGCGUUUACCGACCCGGAAUGGAUGUGACGAGAGCCGAAUUGAUCGGCCGCACGAACUGGCGGCGACAGGAGAAAACCGAGAACGUCGGAGAAUGGAAAGCUAGGGUUUACGAAAUGCACAACGUGCACCUGACAUUCCGAUCGCGCAAAAUCACCGCCGCGGCAGCGGAAAACAGAGGAGAUCCGCUCUCGCCGACUUGCAUCUUGCCGCUGGAGAUCGACGAGGCGUCCGACGACGGUUUCAUCGUGGCGGAGAAUCCGAGGUUCAGCGUCUCCGGCGAUUACCAGCGGCGGCGCCACAGUAGUUUUGCCGGGGAGGAUAGGGAAUUCGUGUCGGUGUCUCGCAAAAGUGUGGAUAUAUUCCCUGCUGGUUCGAGGAGGAGAGCGCCGCCGCCGUGCACGGCCGAGAGGCUGGUGGCGCCGCCGAGGACGAAGGAGAAGGAGUUUGCAAAGAGCUUGCGGCCGACGGUGUGGCUAACGGAGCAGUUCCCGUUGAAGACGGAGGAGGUGCUGCCGUUACUCGAUAUCCUGUCGAAUAAGAUUAAGACCGUUAGAAGAAUGAGAGAGCUGCUAACGACGACGUUUCCGCCGGGGACGUUUCCGGUCAAGGUUGCGAUACCCGUGAUUCCCACGGUGAGAGUGGUGAUAACAUUCACAAAAUUCGUGGAUUUAGAGCCAAUUGAGCAUUUCUACACUCCGCUGUCUAGUCCGACGCAGCUUGCCGGCAGUGAAGAUGAGACUACUAGUGGCGGUAAAGGCGUACCGCCGCCGUCGUGCCGCCGCCAGUUGGCGGAUGAUCCGUUUGUGAUUCCGGGUGGGUACGGUUGGAGUAGGUCGGACGACAAGUGUAGGAAAAUGAAGAGGUCUAAAUCUAUAACGAGAAGAUGAUGCUUUUUAAUGUCUCUGUUAUUUGCAAAAUUAUAGUUUUGUAGAUAUAUAUGUUUUCAAUUACAUACUUAAUACAUAAAUCUUUUUAAGUAGAAUUUGUUGGAGUUU